AUGCCUAUUUCAAGUAAUAAUUGUACUAAAUAUUUAUCAUUACCUGAAUGCCUUCUUACUAAAAGUAAGCUUUAUGAACCAUGCGGUUGGUGUCAAAUAUUACCACUCACUACUACUUCCAACAAAAAUAGCGUCAUUUCUCGAUGUAUUGAACAAGAUCCAUGUACAUUUAAAAUUCUCACUGAACACGAAGAUUGUUCAAACGGUUUAUUAAUUCCAUCGUUACGCAAUAUUUGUAUUGAAAAACAUUUUCUACCAUUAAGAAUUGAUAUUAUGGAAAUUAUAUUAAUUUGUCAUCUCUAUUUUCCAUUAGGAUUGUUAUCGUUUUCGGUAAUAAUAAAAUUUUUUCAAUUCUGUCGAAGAGGUAAUCAACAGUUGAUCAAUAGGUAUGUUCGAUGGAUUAUUGAUCGUUAUAUAUUUGAUAUUCAUUGGCUGUGCUGUCAAAUUCCUCUAUCAACUGUUGGUUUAUUAAUGGCGUCGGAUAAACACAUAAAUAACGUUGAACUAGUUGAUAUUUUGGCUGCUAUUAUUAUUGGUGUUGAAAUUCGUCAUAUUUAUAGUCGAUUACGGUAUUAUUUUUUCGAAUAUCCAUUAAACCACGACCGAGAGUAA